CCGCGCGGCCGCCCGCCGCCCCUCUGAGCCCCGCUCGGGGGCCACCGGGCGCCCCAGACCCGACCCCCGACCCCGCCGCGCCCGCCGCCGCACUUGUCCCCCCGCGCGCCCCCUGGAGCGCCGCGCACCCCUGGGACCGUUGCGCGCCCCGGGUCCCCAGCAUAACCCCGCGACCCCGCGCGCCCGCCGUCCCGGUACUACCCCGAGAACCCCGCGCGCCCCUGGACCGCGACGCAGCUCCGGGACCUCCGCGCGCCUCGGCAACCCCGCGCGCUCUCACAACCCCGGGGCUCGGCCAACCCGGCUGCGCGUCCCGGCCAAAGGGCCCCGCCCCAGAGGAUCCCCCUCUUGCAACAGACGGAGCCCCGCCCCAGAGGGACCCCCCAGGUCCGGCAGGGACAUCCAGCCACGCCCCAGAGGGCUCCCGGCAUCCCGUGUCUGGAGCCCCGCGCUCCAGAGGAACCUCCGUGCCCAGCCGGGGGCUGCCCGCCCAGCUGAGGGGCGCCGCCCAGAAGGGUCCCCCGCGCCCCGCGGGCCCCGGCAGGAUGCACGCCGCCCUGGCGGGGCUGUUGCUCGCCGCCCUCCUCGCCACCGCCCGCGCCCGCCCGCAGCCCCCGGACGCAGGACAGUGCCGGCCGCCCGGAUCGCAGAGGGACCUGAACUCCUUCCUGUGGACUAUUCGGCGCGACCCGCCGGCCUACCUGUUUGGCACCAUCCACGUCCCCUACACCCGCGUCUGGGACUUCAUCCCGGACAACUCCAAGGCGGCCUUCCAGGCCAGCGCCCGCGUCUACUUUGAGCUGGACUUGACAGACCCCUACACCAUCUCGGCGCUGGCCAGCUGCCAGCUGCUGCCGCACGGGGAGAACCUGCAGGACGUGCUGCCCCGUGAGCUCUACUGGCGCCUGAAGCGCCACCUGGACUACGUGAAGCUGAUGAUGCCGUCGUGGAUGACGCCCGCGCAGCGGGGCAAGGGGCUCUACGCCGACUAUCUAUUCAACGCCAUCGCGGGCAACUGGGAGCGCAAGAGGCCGGUGUGGGUGAUGCUCAUGGUGAACUCGCUCACGGAGACCGACGUGCGCUCCCGGGGCGUGCCUGUGCUUGACCUCUACCUGGCCCAGCGGGCCGAGAAGAUGAAGAAGAGCACCGGGGCCGUGGAGCGCGUGGAGGAGCAGUGUCAUCCGCUCAAUGGGCUCAACUUCUCCCAGGUGCUGUUUGCCCUGAACCAGACCCUGCUGCAGCACGAGAGUGUGCGGGCCGGGAGCUUGCAGGCACCCUACACCACCGAGGACCUCAUCAAGCACUACAACUGUGGGGACCUCAACGCCGUCAUCUUCAACCACGACACAUCCCAGCUACCCAACUUUAUCAACACCACCCUUCCGCCGCACGAGCAGGUCACGGCCCAGGAGAUCGACAGCUACUUCCGCCAGGAGCUCAUCUACAAGAGGAAUGAGCGGAUGGGGAAGAGGGUCAUGACUCUUCUGCAGGAGAACGAAGACAAGAUCUGCUUCUUUGCCUUCGGAGCAGGUCACUUUCUGGGGAACAACACAGUCAUCGACGUCCUUCGGCAGGCAGGGCUGGAGGUGGAGCACACGCCCGCAGGACAGACCAUCCACAGCCCUGUUGCCCGGAGCCCGGCACCUCCACCCGAGGGGACCUCAGCGAGCCCCGCCCAGGCGACCCCAGCUGCUGCCAUCCCUGCGGUCCCCUCGGCAGCCCCCACUGCCCCGCCUGAGGAGGAGGACCCAGCCCUGUCCCCGCACCUCCUGCUACCCGACAGCCUCAGCCAGCUGGAGGAGUUCGGGAGACAGAAGAAAUGGCACAAGAGACAGAACAAACCCCAGCGGCCGCGGCAGUUCAAUGACCUCUGGGUCCGCAUCGAGGACAGCACCACCGCCUCGCCACCACCACUGCCCUUCCAGACCACGCACAGCUCCGGAACAGCCAAGCCCCCCUUCCAGCUCUCCGACCCGCGCCAGCAGCAGGAAGAGCCAGGGCUGGCCAGCAGCUCAGCGCCCAGCCGCUCACAGCCCGCCCUGGGCCUCCUCCCCGCCAUCGCUGCCAGCAUCACAGCCCCCUUCCUGCUGCACACCCUCGGGCUCUCCUGACCUCGGCCGCCCACCUCCCUGCCGGGUGCAGAGAAAGAAGCCAGAGAAACCGAUGGGAGGGUCUGCGGCCACACCCACGGCCCCUGCCACCACCUCCAGGGGUGCCGGACACCUCAUGGGUAGUCCAGACGGGAUCUGUUAGAACACUAGAGCUUUAUUGUACCCGAGUUACAUCUUCUUUUUUGUAGAAGGAUCUUAAUUUCCCAUAGUGCUAUGGGGCUGUUUUGUAAAAUAUGUGUCCAUAUUAAAAAAGGAAAAUGUAUUUAUUCUACUGAUAAAACUAUUUUUAUGUGGCCAAUGUUAAUAACACUUUAACUAGCCCCAUCGCCAACCCAGGAGGUGAACCCACUUUGCCAGGACGUCUGCCACCUCAUGGGGACCGUGGCUUUGAACGGGCUUGCUUCUGGGUCAGCAGAAGCCUCCAGCGUCCGGGUUUGGCUUCUCCCACUGUAGGGACCUCAGAGGGAGGGGCAGGCAGACAGGCUUAGCUUUUGUGAAGCUAGAUUUGGGAGCCAGAGAUGUGAACGCUAACGGUCCUUCCUUCCCCUGGAUGCAUCCUAGGGCUGGGAAGAUACUUUAGGAAAGAGAAUGCUGCUAUUUUGAACACCCUGAGUGUCUGUGAACUGGCCCCCCAGACCUCUUGGUAUGUGUUCCAGCCAAAGCUCUUGGGUGGGGGAAGGGAUGUUGGUGCGGAAGGAAGUGGUCCCACAGCCCCAUGUGACAGAUGGUUAAACUCGCCAAAGAGAGUAAGGUUGUUGCCCCAGGUCACAAAGCAAGUGGGAGAUCCGGGCCGUGAGUCCAGACCUCCCUGUUCUGGUAUCGUUAAUCCAGCUUGGCUUACAGGAGAGGCUGUUGAAGUCACGGCCAAGUGGGGUGAGCUGAACCGAAGGACAGGAGUGGGCACUGAAGGGCAGUUUUAGAGACAGAGCCUCUAGGAAUCCCACGGUAAUGAUACUUGUAAUGAGAGCUGCCGUUUGUCCGGAGCCUGCAGUGCGGCAGGCAUUUUGCACUUUCACUUUAUCACAGAUCCUCACGCCAGUUCUGUGAGAUACAAUUGGCCCCGUUUCACAGGUGAGGAAACUGAACCCCCAUAAGAGAUAAAGAGACUUGUUCAACGUCACCCAGCCCGGACGUGGCCCUAGAUCAGUGUGAUUCAAAAGCAAUGCUUGUCUCCUAGACCAUAGUCUGUUGCGGUCUCUUUGCACAGGGAAUCUCCAAGGGAGGCAGGUCUCACCCAAAUAUGCCAGCUCACGCUUCUUACUCCAGCCAAAGAGACCACUUGGCUACAGUGACCGUGUUGGUCCCUCUAGCCAACGGGCUCUGGCAACGGGCUCUCCCACGUGUCCCAUGUCCCAACUUGUCUUAUCUUGAAGCCGAUGAGAGGCUUUCUUGCCAAAUCAGAGAGGCUGAAGGAUAGCUGUGAUGGGCCUGGUAAGGCAGAGGCAGCCAAAGCGGGGCAAGCAGGCCAGGGAGACUCAGAGAAACUGACCAGCUCCUCUGUCCUCAAGGUGGUGGCUGAGAAGGACCCAGGUUGGUUGCCUCCCAGCCCUGAACCCUCACUGGGCUGGCAGCUCAUCAGUUACAGAGUCCUGGAACCCAAGAGCAGAAAGGGCCCCUUGUUUGACAAAUAAUAACAGUGAGAGUAAAAAUAAGGCCCAGAGAGGUGAGGCAUUUCCCCAAGGCUGCACAGCUGAGCAGGUCUGCUGACUCCCAGCUCAGUGCUCCCCGGCGUGACUGCGCCAUGGGCUUCCCUGGCAGGCCUGGUAGUGUCUGAUUAGAAUCAGGGCCAUUGUGCCCAGCUUGGCAGCGGUCUCCCUUCUGAGACAGUAGAAUUCUGGGCAGCUCGUUGGAUGGUCAGAAGUCCCACAGGCAUCUUGGCAGGCAGCUGAAUUCUUUUUAGCUCUGACCCAGAUGGAUGUGUUUGAACUUGAGAUCUGGCAGGAGCCCUGAGCUCUGCUUCAGAGGGUCCAGCCAGCCCCAUGGGUACCACACUGUAAACUGAACUUGACCCCAGCCAAGGCUGGAGUCCGUUUAUCCUUGGCAGAAAUGUGACUUCCUAUUUCCGAGCAGGAAGGGGCUUAGCUGACUUACAAAGCAGACUCAGAAGGCCUGCUGGACAUCAAAUGCAUCGUGCAGAGUGCUAUUUGGAUGAGAUAAGUGUAAAGGAAUUAGAAACACACAGGCCAGAUUCCCCGCUGUUCAGGGCAGAGGGUGGCAUGAGACGUAUUGAGAUGGAGCUUGAGGUUAAUUAAAGAUGAAGCAUUUGGUAAACAGUCCACGCAUCUGACCGCAUGCCCAGAUCUGUACCAGGCACGGGGCCAAAGAGGUAAAUUAAUGUAGUGUGUGAUUAUCAAACACACACAGUGCCAGGCUCUGUGUUGGGGCCAAAUACAGCCACCUUCCUUGGCGUAGAGGAACUCAUCGAGAUGCAACGAGCAGCCCAAUCCUAGGUUCUUAGAGGGAACUUUAAAGGUUGUUCUGUCCAGGUCCCUGAUCACAGGCAGAGCCCCCAGAUCCCUCCUCUGGGCAGGUUGGGCGAUCCCAAACGCUCCCUCCACCAAGCACUCGAGUGUUUAAAGAAAACCACGUGGCCAACUGAUCAGGUAGACAUGUGCUGAUGGGACAGCCAGAGCCGGUGUGAGUUAGACAGACAUCUGCAGCCUAAGUUCACUGGUCCCUGAGGACCACCCGCUGGCCAGGGUUUGAAAUGAACUGAACUUGCUGACAUACGUUGCAGAAGACCCGAGGCACAUGUACAAAAAUCUGCAUGGCUGGGGCCCUUGAAUUCUCUCUUCCUGGGCCCGGGAACCAUCAUCCCAUCCACAGCCACUCAUGUGCUUUGGAUGAUCUAUCCACCACUGCUGACAUUUUUUCCAGCACAUUCUGUGUGCCUCGCCUCAUAAAAUGCCCCCGUUGCUCUGAGAGCAUCGUGUCCGUGUCUUAAGACUUUUACAUUUGACCUUGAGGCAGGCAGAGAAGAUCAGGGACUGAGAGCCAGCAUGUUAGUGGUGGCCCUGGGUCCCGUCUCUCAGGAUGGCUGACGAAAUGACCAAGGGGUUUUCUGGGUCAGCUCAGAAUGGCCCUGUCUCCUAAUCUCCCUCUGGGCUGUUCUGAGCACCAGCAGCCCGGUGAAGGCAGGGACAGUAACGGUGUAUAAGUCAAGCUGCAGGGAGCUGCAGAGGGCCCCUGAGGGCCCCCCAGCUCUGACAGUCAAAGAUCUAGAGUCUAUGAAGCAUGGAAGCUUGUGCCGACUGGCAAGUUUGCCUUUGCACAGAAAAACCAUGACCGGAUUUUCCUCACACUAAAUGCUCUGUCACCCAAUUCCUGGCCUCAGCUGGAUUUGGGCUAGCCUAGGGACUCAGGAUCCUUGUCCCACCUGCCCAGUCUCCAUCCUGGGGCCAUGAUCACAAGGGGUCCCAAAGAAAGGUCCUCCACCAAAGGGAAAGUAUAGGAAAAUGCCACGAAGGACAAGAGAGGUUCUACCUGGGAAUUGCAGUUUUGCUGGUACCCUGUGUGGCAGAGAACAGAACUGGGGCUGGUGACGUGUUCCUCAGCCUGGCUUUCUACACCCUCCACAAUCAGACCCUGCUGACCAUGCCAGCCUCGCUUCUCAUCUCUCCCACCCUGUGCCUGGCCAGACUGAAGCAUAUUUGUCAUUUCCAGAAUAGACAGGAUGUUUCACACAUGCUGCUUCCUAGGCCUGGAAACGCCCUUCUAUUACCCUUAAUUGCUCGUACUUUGAAGAUCAACUCAGAUAGCACCUCCUACAGGAAGCCUUCUGCGUUGAGACCGUCUAUGCCUCUGUUCUCCUAUCAUACCGUGAGCUCCUCUAUGGCAAGGAUCAUGUGAAUUCAUCUUUGUGUCCUCAUCAGACAUAAAGAUGGCACUCAAGAGAUGUGUAGAGAGGGACGGAGGAAGAAAGGAAUGAAGGAAAGAAAGAAGAAGAGAGGCAGACCUUAACUCUGCUAGUGGAAUAGUCUUCGCAAAGGCAAAGCUGUCGGAAGACGGCAGGUGCCCCUAGAAGUGUUGAGUUUCCCGUCAGGAGCAGCGUAUGAACAGGGGCAGUAGGCACACUGGCUGGAGAUGUGGUAGGAGAGCUGAAGUCUUGGCAAGGGAGUGGGGUACGGUCCCUCCCGGCUCUUGAAUGCUCAGGUUCUUUGAACAUUGUUAUGUUUCCAAAAAUUCAUCUAAGCAGCCAAAAAAAUCACCCGGCCUGGCUGUCUAAACCAGUACGUUCCAGAAAUCAGUCCAGCCUCACCUCCCCGCCCCCCCCACCCCCUUUCUUCAACAGCCCAGCCGGGCCU